GUCGAAUCAGCUCCGGUCCUUUCCCACGGGGAUCGAGGUCGAUCAGGUGCGCCGCAAGUACUACGACUUCGAGCAGGUGCAGGGCGAGCGGGCGCUGCGCGUGCCCUUUGUGGACCGAGUGGGCAACGAGGUCGACAGUAGGUGGCUUCAUAAAGAUAACGCACCGGAACAACAUCAACUGACCUAUUGCGGCGCAGAAGAUGAAACGAAAACCACGAUUCUUGGGAGGAGAGAUCGCAAAUGCGAGCCACUUUUUGGGGCACUGUCCUCGGCUGCAACAAGGAGCAACGAUUUAUUCCACUACCACCCCGACGGGAUGGAGCACUGUUUCUUGAACGAAAUCGCGGAGGAAGCCAGUCGGCGGGACUACGUGGCGUCCGCAGCAGGGGUCGGCCCGUCCGCCACUUCUUGCCCCAUACACCACAUGGCGGAACAAGUGAAACACGCGCCAGGUCAGGGAGCUGGCGUGCCUGCAUUGAGAGCUUCGAACGCCACCGCAUCUAUCGGAGAAAAGAGAACUGUCUCGACAUUGCAGGAACAUGCCGAGAGCCGAGCUCUGGUUACAGUACACAAUGAGCAGCCUGCUGUUGGUUUGAGCACCAGCUGCG